UGCGCGAGGAGCCUGUGGUUUUGCAUCAAAGCGAAGUAAAAUCGGGCAACAACCCAAAAAGUUGCCAUCUUUGAGCUUGUUUAUCCUUUUGCAAUGCCAGGAAAAUAAUUUUUGAUGGGUGAAAAAAGUCAUAACUUUGAUGUUACUGGCACUUUUGUUCAUUUGAGGGCUGCAGCAAACAUGUUGCUUUGGUUUUAACCGCGAAAAGAUCAUCUAUUGUUUCUCCGGAGCCUCGUCUUCAAUUCUUUUUUUAAUCGUCAGACAACCAAAACAUCGACAGUGUCUAUUUUGUGACUUGGUACAGUGAAGAUUUCAUUUGGCGUGAGGAUUUGGGUCAACGCUUUAACAAUGUCCGUGUCCUCAACAUCUUUACUGGCCGUAUCGUUAAUCCUGUACUAUCAAGCCAUCUUUGUCCUUGCCGUUCAAGAUGACAUCUGUAGACCAUUCAACAAGUCAUCUGGGUUGGCAGAACUAUGUGGAUACAAAAAUACGGCGAAAUUCGCCGACAUGAGCAAGGAAUUCACGUUCGCUCGCUACUACAGUGAAAACUUUGGCAACUGCACCAAAACCAUCAGACAAGUGCUGUGCUCCACAAGAUUUCCUCGAUGCGAACCGGAUGUCAAAGGUCCAUUCUUGCCUUGCAAGAGGGUUCUUSURGAUACUCUCUCAAGAUGCGGAGAGGAGAUGCGAAAAUCCUUUCUUGACCAGUAUUCUUGGUUUAUGUGGCAAGCAAACCUUCUGCCCGAGAAGAACGAUCCGACUGCGUCGAACUUCAAGAAACGAUGUUUUGAGCCGCCAAACUUCAAAACAGAUGUUAGUGAAGAUGAUUUGGAGCCCAAGUGUUUUCCUCUUGUUGUCUCUCAGUGUCAAAAUUAUGGCUACAAGUUUACAAUACUUCCUGAAGAGAGGCAAAAAUAUUUGGCAACCUUCAUGCUAACGAACGCAACAAURCAACCAAUGGCGGAGUGUCAAAAGAUAAUAUCUAAGAUGACUUGUCAAAAUAAUUUCCCACCUUGCUACAGCGACAGCAAGUACAUGGGAGUCGCCUGCAGAGACGUGUGCCAGGAAUACUUCAAGAAACUGCUCUUCCCCGGAACUGCUUAUUACGAAAGACGAUUGCGUCUUGAAUCCUACAGGCCCGAAGUCUGGUGGCCAUUGCAAAAUGACUGAAUGGAUAUAUGCCGAUAUAUGGCCGGGAGCAUUAUUAAAGCAUGACAAAAGUCCCUCUGUCAAGCAAAAAGCAAGUAGUGUGCAGACCAGUAGUGCAAUGCUGAUUGGUUUUGCAGUGAAGCUCUAUUUGGAACUCUAACUAACGUACUAACUCCCAGCCUGCGUGCCGCAGCCGAACUAAAACUGUUUUGGUUCGGCUGCAGGCAGGCUAACUAAAUUCCCAUCCUCUAGCCUUUCUAUCUAAAAAYACACAGUACUAAGUUCUUACCUAGAAGUAGCGCUCACAUUGUGUUAUAAGUUGUUAUAUUAUAUUGUGAUGUUAUAUCCUUUCUUUUUGGCAAUGAGGCUAAUAACAUUAAUUAAAUUCUUUGUGAAAUUACAGUAUGUACGUAAGUUUCCACUCCAGAUAUYAAAUGAAACUUUAACUAGUUUUUAUUAGCACAUGAUUAGUUGGUAAGUUGUUGAGCAACCUCUGCAUACAUCUCUUUUCCCUCUACGGACUAGUAAAGAAGCUUGGGUUCACCAAAUAAAAAUGACUGCUCGCCAACAUGGUUGGCUUCAUUGCAGUCAGUUGGUAGAGCACUGCACCGGCAUGGUUUCGCUUCCGUUGAAGCCUGAAAUGUUUUCGGGCGAUCUAUACAUUUAUUAAUUAUCACAAAUCAUUUCACAUUUAUUCACCGCAAUUCGAACCAUUACAUCAUUCCUGAUAUACAGGGAAUCCAAAAUUUAUCAAAAACUGGAAUAGCAUGAUGCCCAAUGAGAAGGCUAGAUAAUGACUGUAUUUUUUACAACUAGAAAAAGGCAUAAAAGAAGAGGCUACUUAGAGUACCAUUGGAUAGAAGUAAGAUUGUUUACUCUUGUUCUUUUUAGAGGGUCUCAAUGUGGGGGUACGCAUCACGACUCACAGCUAAAAAUUUGGCUUUUUCACAACUCACGACUAAUUUUUUCGAAUCACGGUUAACUAGAUCACUUUCGGAAUUUAUUUUUCCUGCAGCUAUUUCCGCAUAUAGCAGACAAAUGCAUGUUCAGAAGUUAAAUAAUCCAGAAUCCAUCUAAAUGAAGAAGUAUGAAUAUCACUUCAAAAAAGGCGCAGUUAUAGUUUUAUACUGAAUAUGAAGCAUUCGUUCAGCAAGUUUUUCCUCAUUUUUACCAAAGCAAUUAGAUUUACGCAAUGUGAAUGAACUGAGGCAAAUUAAAAAUCACUUUUUUCUGCAUUACGAACUGUUCUUAGGUGACUUAAUUAAACUAACUUGUCUAUCCAA